AUGGAUGACCCAAGCCAGCAUUUCCCGCCUGGCUCGCUGCCUGAAGGCGAGCCGGCGCCAGCACAGGCGGUAGCGGAGGGCAUGGAAGACGCGGAGAACCUUCUCGACGACAUGCUCGAGGCGGCCGAAGCUGCGCGGCACGAGACUGAGCUGACGCUGGCGCCGCAGGCGCCCGACGAGAAUGAGCCGUUUGUGACUGUGGCGGGUGUGACUGCAGGCGAUGUGCCGGAAGGAGUGGUCGAAGAAACUGUGACUUAUCACGGUGUGACUGAAGGAAAGGUGCCUGAAGCGGAAGCAGGUGAAGGCGAGGGGUUUGAUCUGAAUAUGGAUGCUGGUGGGGGUGGAGGCGGUGCGGCGGCGGUUAUGAUAGCCGAGGGCACAGCAGCUGAAGCCGAACCAGGGACCGGACCAGAAACCGAUCCUGGUUCGGGUUUGGGUGUUGCCGAGCCUGAGAGUCUGCCGGUCGGGACUGAGGAGCAGGCUCGGGAGACUAUUGGCGAAUACCAAGAGGCGGGCGGAGAGGGCGGGGAUGGUCAUAUAAUGCAGCAGGCUAUGGCGGGUGCUUAUGGGGAGGGAGGCAUGGUCGAGGGGGAGCAGCAGAGAGCUGACGUGGAAAUGGCUGAAGCAGCGGAAGGAACUCAUCCGGAGGGGGCUUAUAUCGAGCAACCAGUGCAGUACGAAAGUGUACAGCAGCAGGAGCACCAACCAGCUGUAGCUGAGCAGGAGGCAGGUGAGGUCUGGCAGGGCGAGGCUGUAGCACAGGCCGAACCGGCUGUAGCAGGGUACGUACAUGGUGAAGGGCCCGCUGUAGCUGGGUAUGAGGCGGCUUUCCCUGGCCAGGAGGCGGCUGUUGUUGAAGCUGGCGGAGCUGAGACGGCAGAGGGGCAGGUUGUAGCACCGGCUGAUGUGGGCGAAAUGGUUACCACUGCUGCUGUUGGCGAAGGAGAGGUGGUUACAGGAACGACCGAGGGUGGCAUGGGUGCAGAGAACUUCGUGCAAGGCGAGGAGGGAAUGGCGCCAGGCGAGGGGGGAAUGGCGACAACAGCAGAAGCGCAAGGGACGGUGGCAGAGGGAGAGGGGGCGGCGGGGUAUUCCCAAGGCAUGGGGGCAGUUUCUGAGGGACAGCAUGGGGAGGAGGCAGCAGUGCUUGGCGCGCACGGAGAAGGCGGAGGGGGAGGGGGCGAGUAUGCUGAUGCGCACAUGGAAGCGGGAGGGGAAGGGGGAGAAGGUGGCGCGCUAGUGCCUGUUGCAGGGCAGGCGGAAGCAGGAGCACCAGCAGGCGGGGAAGGGGGAGAAGCACCUGGGGCCGAAGGGGCAGCGGCAGCAGCAGCGGAGGCAGCGGCAGCAGAAGCAGCAGCGGAGGUGGCGGCGCACAUAGAGGCGGCGGAGAGGGUGGUGGUGCAGUCGCAGCUGCCGCAGCCCCCACCGUGCCCCGCUGUGGGGAACGUGGCGGUGCUGCCCAUGCUGCUGGACCAGAUCGAGGCGCACAUCCUCUUCUACGGCCGCAUCUUUCGCAAGGAGCCAUUGGAGGAGGAGCUGCGGGCGCUGGUGUUUGCCACGGUGCCGUCGCACCUCGCCUCGCCCGACCACCACCGCUGGCUCGAGAUCGCCGACGCCUGGCGCCGCCGCAGAGAGGCCGCCCCUGCCGCCCUCCUCCUGGACGGCGGCGGGGCGGCAGCGGGCGGCGGCGGGUAUGUGUCCCCAGAUGGUGGCGGAGUGAUGGUGCCGAGCGGGUAUGGCGAAUACCCCAUGCACAUGGGCGCGGAUGGCAUGCCCAUGCCCAUGGACGCCCAUGCCAUGGCCAUGGGCAUGGGGGGCAUGGGGGGCAUGGGGCAGUUAGCGCUGGGGAGCGGGGAGCCAUGGGUGUUUGACGAUGAGGGGUGGGACGCCCCUGGGAUUGCCAUCCGCGGGCGCGGCAGGGGCAGGGGGCGCGGCAGGGGGCGCGGGCGGGGGAGGGGGAGGGGGCGCGGGCGCAGCUGGCACCUGGUGGGGGUGGAAAUCGUCCCGUCGUACGGGUCCGAUGGGGAGGAGAUGGGCGCAGAGGGGGAGGAGAGGGCGGGGGGCGCAGGGGGGGGCGCAGCAGGGGGAGGAGCAUCUAUGGGCACACGGCCGGUAGUGGCAUGGGCGGAAGUGUGGCCGGGGAAGCUGGAGGAGCUGGUGGAUCGGAAGGACCAUGCUGGGGUGGCUGCCGCCCAGGUCAUGACGGCCGCUGUGGUGGCCCGGGCGGCAUCGGCAGCGGUGCGGGCGGCAGCAGAGGCGGUGACGGUGUUUAAGGAGAGGGCGGUGGCUGCUGCCUGGGCGGAGAAGCAGGGGGGUGCGGGGGCGAACGGGGCGCAUGGGGGGCAUGGGGGGUAUGGGGGGCACGGGGGGUAUGGCGUGCAUGGGGGGAAUGGGGCGUAUGGAGGGUAUGGAGCAGGUGCCACGUGGCAGGAUGCCACUGGCGCAGGAUCUCCCUUUGCGGAGUUCCCCUGGGCGCCUGAGCCCCCCCUCCCCCUGACGUCCGUGGCUAGUGUGGCGCGGGGCAGGGGGAGGGGCAGGGGGAGGGGUCGGGGGAGGGGGAGGGGCCGGGGGAAGGGCAGCAGGGGCGGGGGGCGUGGCAGGAGCUAUUACUACAGCGCGUAUGAUAUGGAGGAGGAAGAGGAGGAGGUGGAGGAGGAAGACGAGGGGGACGAGUUUCUGGCGUAUGGAGGGGUGGAGGAGGUGGGCGGGUAUGGGGAGGAGGGGGGGAGUGUGUUGGGCAAGAGGGGGAGGGGGAGGGCGAGUGAGGGGCAGGAGCUGGAACACACAAUGCGGCGUGCUGUGGGGUUCCUGGAGGGCAGAGGAGGGGAGGAGGAGGAAGAGGAGGAGGUAGUGGUGGUGGAGGAUGAGGAGGGGGAGGAUGAGGAGGAGGAGGAGAGGAGGGUGUGGGGGUUGAAGCUGCCGCACAGGUUCCACGUGGGCACGCCCGUGGAGGUGAGCAGCACGCCCGUGGAGGUGAGCAGCAGUGGUUGCGAGAGAUCGUGUAUGGCAAUCAUAAAACAAUGCACGCUGCUGGUGGUGAGUGGCAGUCGUUGCGAGCGAUUCAGUAACGAGGUGAUGCAUUGGAGGCCGGUGCGACAUGGUGCUACACGCACCCCCUUCCCACUCCCCACAUGUCUAGUUGUCGGUACUGGCAUCUGUCUGUCUGCACACGCAUGCUCCUCCUCCUCUUUUCUCUCUGUCUCCUCGCCUCCUUGUCUCCUCGCCUCCUUGUCUCCUCGCCUCCUUGUCUCCUCGCCUCCUUGUCUCCUCGCCUCCUUGUCUCCUCGCCUCCUUGUCUCCUCGCCUCCUUGUCUCCUCGCCUCCUUGUCUCCUCGCCUCCUUGUCUCCUCGCCUCCUUGUCUCCUCGCCUCCUUGUCUCCUCGCCUCCUUGUCUCCUCGCCUCCUUGUCUCCUCGCCUCCUUGUCUCCUCGCCUCCUUGUCUCCUCGCCUCCUUGUCUCCUCGCCUCCUUGUCUCCUCGCCUCCUUGUCUCCUCGCCUCCUUGUCUCCUCGCCUCCUUGUCUCCUCGCCUCCUUGUCUCCUCGCCUCCUUGUCUCCUCGCCUCCUUGUCUCCUCGCCUCCUUGUCUCCUCGCCUCCUUGUCUCCUCGCCUCCUUGUCUCCUCGCCUCCUUGUCUCCUCGCCUCCUUGUCUCCUCGCCUCCUUGUCUCCUCGCCUCCUUGUCUCCUCGCCUCCUUGUCUCCUCGCCUCCUUGUCUCCUCGCCUCUUGUCUCCUCGCCUCCGUGUCUCCUCGCCUCCUUGUCCUCCUCGCCUCCUUGUCUCCUCGCCUCCUUGUCUCCUCGCCUCCUUGUCUCCUCGCCUCCUUGUCUCCUCGCCUCCUUGUCUCCUCGCCUCCUUGUCUCCUCGCCUCCUUGUCUCCUCGCCUCCUUGUCUCCUCCGCCUCCUUGUCUCCCUCCUCGCCUCCUUGUCUCCUCUCCUCCUUGUCUCCUCGCCUCCUUGUCUCCUCGCCUCCUUGUCUCCUCGCCUCCUUGUCUCCUCGCCUCAUUGUCUUCUCGCCUCCUUGUCUCCUCGCCUCCUUGUCUCCUCGCCUCCUUGUCUCCUCGCACUCCUUGUCUCCUCGCCUCCUUGUCUCCUCGCUCCUUGUCUCCUCGCCUCCUUGUCUCCUCGCCUCCUUGUCUCCUCGCCUCCUUGUCUCCUCGCCUCCUUGUCUCCUCGCCUCCUUGUCUCCUCGCCUCCUUGUCUCCUCGCCUCCUUGUCUCCUCGCCUCCUUGUCUCCUCGCCUCCUUGUCUCCUCGCCUCCUUGUCUCCUCGCCUCUUGUCUCCUCGCCUCCUUGUCUCCUCGCCUCCUUGUCUCCUCGCCUCCUUGUCUCCUCGCCUCCUUGUCUCCUCGCCUCCUUGUCUCCUCGCCUCCUUGUCUCCUCGCCUCCUUGUCUCCUCGCCUCCUUGUCUCCUCGCCUCCUUGUCUCCUCGCCUCCUUGUCUCCUCGCCUCCUUGUCUCCUCGCCUCCUUGUCUCCUCGCCUCCUUGUCUCCUCGCCUCCUUGUCUCCUCGCCUCCUUGUCUCCUCGCCUCCUGUGUCUCCUCGCCUCCUUGUCUCCUCGCCUCCUUGUCUCCUCGCCUCCUUGUCUCCUCGCCUCCUUGUCUCCUCGCCUCCUUGUCUCCUCGCCUCCUUGUCUCCUCGCCUCCUUGUCUCCUCGCCUCCUUGUCUCCUCGCCUCCUUGUCUCCUCGCCUCCUUGUCUCCUCGCCUCCUUGUCUCCUCGCCUCCUUGUCUCCUCGCCUCCUUGUCUCCUCGCCUCCUUGUCUCCUCGCCUCCUUGUCUCCUCGCCUCCUUGUCUCCUCGCCUCCUUGUCUCCUCGCCUCCUUGUCUCCUCGCCUCCUUGUCUCCUCGCCUCCUUGUCUCCUCGCCUCCUUGUCUCCUCGCCUCCUUGUCUCCUCGCCUCCUUGUCUCCUCGCCUCCUUGUCUCCUCGCCUCUUGCUCCUCCCUCUUGUCUCCUCGCCUCCUUGUCUCCUCGCCUCCUUGUCUCCUCGCCUCCUUGUCUCCUCGCCUCCUUGUCUCCUCGCCUCCUUGUCUCCUCGCCUCCUUGUCUCCUCGCCUCCUUGUCUCCUCGCCUCCUUGUCUCCUCGCCUCCUUGUCUCCUCGCCUCCUUGUCUCCUCGCCUCCUUGUCUCCUCGCCUCCUUGUCUCCUCGCCUCCUUGUCUCCUCGCCUCCUUGUCUCCUCGCCUCCUUGUCUCCUCGCCUCCUUGUCUCCUCGCCUCCUUUGUCUCCUCGCCUCCUUGUCUCCUCGCCUCCUUGUCUCCUCGCCUCCUUGUCUCCUCCUCCUGUCUCUCGCCCUUGUCUCCUCGCCUCCUUGUCUCCUCGCCUCCUUGUCUCCUCGCCUCCUUGUCUCCUCGCCUCCUUGUCUCCUCGCCUCCUUGUCUCCUCGCCUCCUUGUCUCCUCGCCUCCUUGUCUCCUCGCCUCCUUGUCUCCUCGCCUCCUUGUCUCCUCGCCUCCUUGUCUCCUCGCCUCCUUGUCUCCUCGCCUCCUUGUCUCCUCGCCUCCUUGUCUCCUCGCCUCCUUGUCUCCUCGCCUCCUUGUCUCCUCGCCUCCUUGUCUCCUCGCCUCCUUGUCUCCUCGCCUCCUUGUCUCCUCGCCUCCUUGUCUCCUCGCCUCCUUGUCUCCUCGCCUCCUUGUCUCCUCGCCUCCUUGUCUCCUCGCCUCCUUGUCUCCUCGCCUCCUUGUCUCCUCGCCUCCUUGUCUCCUCGCCUCCUUGUCUCCUCGCCUCCUUGUCUCCUCGCCUCCUUGUCUCCUCGCCUCCUUGUCUCCUCGCCUCCUUGUCUCCUCGCCUCCUUGUCUCCUCGCCUCCUUGUCUCCUCGCCUCCUUGUCUCCUCGCCUCCUUGUCUCCUCGCCUCCUUGUCUCCUCGCCUCCUUGUCUCCUCGCCUCCUUGUCUCCUCGCCUCCUUGUCUCCUCGCCUCCUUGUCUCCUCGCCUCCUUGUCUCCUCGCCUCCUUGUCUCCUCGCCUCCUUGUCUCCUCGCCUCCUUGUCUCCUCGCCUCCUUGUCUCCUCGCCUCCUUGUCUCCUCGCCUCCUUGUCUCCUCGCCUCCUUGUCUCCUCGCCUCCUUGUCUCCUCGCCUCCUUGUCUCCUCGCCUCCUUGUCUCCUCGCCUCCUUGUCUCCUCGCCUCCUUGUCUCCUCGCCUCCUUGUCUCCUCGCCUCCUUGUCUCCUCGCCUCCUUGUCUCCUCGCCUCCUUGUCUCCUCGCCUCCUUGUCUCCUCGCCUCCUUGUCUCCUCGCCUCCUUGUCUCCUCGCCUCCUUGUCUCCUCGCCUCCUUGUCUCCUCGCCUCCUUGUCUCCUCGCCUCCUUGUCUCCUCCUCGCCUCCUUGUCUCCUCGCCUCCUUGUCUCCUCGCCUCCUUGUCCUCCUCGCCUCCUUGUCUCCUCGCCUCCUUGUCUCCUCGCCUCCUUGUCUCCUCGCCUCCUUGUCUCCUCGCCUCCUUGUCUCCUCGCCUCCUUGUCUCACUCGCCUCCUUGUCUCCUCGCCUCCUUGUCUCCUCGCCUCCUUGUCUCCUCGCCUCCUUGUCUCCUCGCCUCUUGUCUCCUCGCCUCCUUGUCUCCUCGCCUCCUUGUCUCCUCGCCUCCUUGUCUCCUCGCCUCCUUGUCUCCUCGCCUCCUUGUCUCCUCGCCUCCUUGUCUCCUCGCCUCCUUGUCUCCUCGCCUCCUUGUCUCCUCGCCUCCUUGUCUCCUCGCCUCCUUGUCUCCUCGCCUCCUUGUCUCCUCGCCUCCUUGUCUCCUAGCCUCCUUGUCUCCUCGCCUCCUUGUCUCCUCGCCUCCGUGUCUCCUCGCCUCCUUGUCUCCUCGCCUCCUUGUCUCCUCGCCUCCUUGUCUCCUCGCCUCCUUGUCUCCUCGCCUCCUUGUCUCCUCGCCUCCUUGUCUCCUCGCCUCCUUGUCUCCUCGCCUCCUUGUCUCCUCGCCUCCUUGUCUCCUCGCCUCCUUGUCUCCUCGCCUCCUUGUCUCCUCGCCUCCUUGUCUCCUCGCCUCCUUGUCUCCUCGCCUCCUUGUCUCCUCGCCUCCUUGUCUCCUCGCCUCCUUGUCUCCUACGCCUCCUUGUCUCCUCGCGCUCCUUGUCUCCUCGCCUCCUUGUCUCCUCGCCUCCUUGUCCUCCUCGCCUCCUUGUCUCCUCGCCUCCUUGUCUCCUCGCCUCCUUGUCUCCUCGCCUCCUUGUCUCCUCGCCUCCUUGUCUCCUCGCUCCUUGUCUCCUCGCCUCCUUGUCUCCUCGCCUCCUUGUCUCCUCGCCUCCUUGUCUCCUCGCCUCCUUGUCUCCUCGCCUCCUUGUCUCCUCGCCUCCUUGUCUCCUCGCCUCCUUGUCUCCUCGCCUCCUUGUCUCCUCGCCUCCUUGUCUCCUCGCCUCCUUGUCUCCUCGCCUCCUUGUCUCCUCGCCUCCUUGUCUCCUCGCCUCCUUGUCUCCUCGCCUCCUUGUCUCCUCGCCUCCUUGUCUCCUCGCCUCCUUGUCUCCUCGCCUCCUUGUCUCCUCGCCUCCUUGUCUCCUCGCCUCCUUGUCUCCUCGCCUUCCUUGUCUCCUCGCCUCCUUGUCUCCUCGCCUCCUUGUCUCCUCGCCUCCUUGUCUCCUCGCCUCCUUGUCUCCUCGCCUCCUUGUCUCCUCGCCUCCUUGUCUCCUCGCCUCCUUGUCUCCUCGCCUCCUUGUCUCCUCGCCUCCUUGUCUCCUCGCCUCCUUGUCUCCUCGCCUCCUUGUCUCCUCGCCUCCUUGUCUCCUCGCCUCCUUGUCUCUCGCCUCCUUGUCUCCUCGCCUCCUUGUCUCCUCGCCUCCUUGUCUCCUCGCCUCCUUGUCUCCUCGCCUCCUUGGUCUCCUGCCUCCUUGUCUCCUCGCCUCCUUGUCUCCUCGCCUCCUUGUCUCCUCGCCUCCUUGUCUCCUCGCCUCCUUGUCUCCCUCGCCUCCUUGUCUCCUCGCCUCCUUGUCUCCUCGCCUCCUUGUCUCCUCGCCUCCUUGUCUCCUCGCCUCCUUGUCUCCUCGCCUCCUUGUCUCCUCGCCUCCUUGUCUCCUCGCCUCCUUGUCUCCUCGCCUCCUUGUCUCCUCGCCUCCUUGUCUCCUCGCCUCCUUGUCUCCUCGCCUCCUUGUCUCCUCGCCUCCUUGUCUCCUCGCCUCCUUGUCUCCUCGCCUCCUUGUCUCCUCGCCUCCUUGUCUCCUCGCCUCCUUGUCUCCUCGCCUUCCUUGUCUCCUCCGCCUCCUUGUCUCCUCGCCUCCUUGUCCUCCUCGCCUCCUUGUCUCCUCGCCUCCUUGUCUCCUCGCCUCCUUGUCUCCUCGCCUCCUUGUCUCCUCGCCUCUUGUCUCCUCGCCUCCUUGUCUCCUCGCCUCCUUGUCUCCUCGCCUCCUUGUCUCCUCGCCUCCUUGUCUCCUCGCCUCCUUGUCUCCUCGCCUCCUUGUCUCCUCGCCUCCUUGUCUCCUCGCCUCCUUGUCUCCUCGCCUCCUUGUCUCCUCGCCUCCUUGUCUCCUCGCCUCCUUGUCUCCUCGCCUCCUUGUCUCCUCGCCUCCUUGUCUCUCGCUCCUUGUCUCCUCGCCUCCUUGUCUCCUCGCCUCCUUGUCUCCUCGCCUCCUUGUCUCCUCGCCUCCUUGUCUCCUCGCCUCCUUGUCUCCUCGCCUCCUUGUCUCCUCGCCUCCUUGUCUCUCGCCUCCGUGUCUCCUCGCCUCUUGUCUCCUCGCCUCCUUGUCUCCUCGCCUCCUUGUCUCCUCGCCUCCUUGUCUCCUCGCCUCCUUGUCUCCUCGCCUCCUCGCUCCUGUCUCCUCGCCUCCUUGUCUCCUCGCCUCCUUGUCUCCUCGCCUCCUUGUCUCCUCGCCUCCUUGUCCUCCUCGCCUCCUUGUCAUCCUCGCCUCCUUGUCUCCUCGCCUCCUGGUCUCCUCGCCUCCUUGUCAUCCUCGCCUCCUUGUCUCCCCUUCCUCGCCUCCUUGUCUCCUCGCCUCCUUGUCUCCUCGCCUCCUUGUCCUCCUCGCCUCCUUGUCCUCCUCAGCCUCCUUGUCUCCUCGCCCUCCUUGUCUCCUCGCCUCCUUGUCCUCCUCGCCUCCUUGUCUCCUCGCCUCCUUGUCUCCUCGCCUCCUUGUCUCCUCGCCUCCUUGUCUCCUCGCCUCCUUGUCUCCUCGCCUCCUUGUCUCCUCGCCUCCUUGUCUCCUCGCCUCCUUGUCUCCUCGCCUCCUUGUCUCCUCGCCUCCUUGUCUCCUCGCCUCCUUGUCUCCUCGCCUCCUUGUCUCCUCGCCUCCUUGUCUCCUCGCCUCCUUGUCUCCUCGCCUCCUUGUCUCCUCGCCUCCUUGUCUCCUCGCCUCCUUGUCUCCUCGCCUCCUUGUCUCCUCGCCUCCUUGUCUCCUCGCCUCCUUGUCUCCUCGCCUCCUUGUCUCCUCGCCUCCUUGUCUCCUCCUCGCCUCCUUGUCUCCUCGCCUCCUUGUCUCCUCGCCUCCUUGUCUCCUCGCCUCCUUGUCUCCUCGCCUCCUUGUCUCCUCGCCUCCUUGUCUCCUCGCCUCCUUGUCUCCUCGCCUCCUUGUCUCCUCGCCUCCUUGUCUCCUCGCCUCCUUGUCUCCUCGCCUCCUUGUCUCCUCGCCUCCUUGUCUCCUCGCCUCCUUGUCUCCUCGCCUCCUUGUCUCCUCGCCUCCUUGUCUCCUCGCCUCCUUGUCUCCUCGCCUCCUUGUCUCCUCGCCUCCUUGUCUCCUCGCCUCCUUGUCUCCUCGCCUCCUUGUCUCCUCGCCUCCUUGUCUCCUCGCCUCCUUGUCUCCUCGCCUCCUUGUCUCCUCGCCUCCUUGUCUCCUCGCCUCCUUGUCUCCUCGCCUCCUUGUCUCCUCGCCUCCUUGUCUCCUCGCCUCCUUGUCUCCUCGCCUCCUUGUCUCCUCGCCUCCUUGUCUCCUCGCCUCCUUGUCUCCUCGCCUCCUUGUCUCCUCGCCUCCUUGUCUCCUCGCCUCCUUGUCUCCUCGCCUCCUUGUCUCCUCGCCUCCUUGUCUCCUCGCCUCCUUGUCUCCUCGCCUCCUUGUCUCCUCGCCUCCUCCGUGUCUCCUCGCCUCCUUGUCUCCUCGCCUCCUUGUCUCCUCGCCUCCUUGUCUCCUCGCCUCCUUGUCUCCUCGCCUUCCUGUCUCCUCGCCUCCUUGUCUCCUCGCCUCCUUGUCUCCUCGCCUCCUUGUCUCCUCGCCUCCUUGUCUCCUCGCCUCCUUGUCUCCUCGCCUCCUUGUCUCCUCGCCUCCUUGUCUCCUCGCCUCCUUGUCUCCUCGCCUCCUUGUCUCCUCGCCUCCUUGUCUCCUCGCCUCCUUGUCUCCUCGCCUCCUUGUCUCCUCGCCUCCUUGUUCCUCGCUCGGGCCCUCCGCCUCUUUCUCCUCGCCUCCUUGUCUCCUCGCCUCCUUGUCUCCUCGCCUCCUUGUCUCCUCGCCUCCUUGUCUCCUCGCCUCCUUGUCUCCUCGCCUCCUUGUCUCCUCGCCUCCUUGUCUCCUCGCCUCCUUGUCUCUCGCUCUUGUCUCCCUCCUCUUGUCUCCCUCGCCUCCUUGUCUCCUCGCCUCCUUGUCUCCUCGCCUCCUUGUCUCCUCGCCUCCUUGUCUCCCUCGCCUCCUUGUAUCCUCGCCUCCUUGUCUCCUCGCCUCCUUGUCUCCUCGCCUCCUUGUCUCCUCGCCUCCUUGUCUCCUCGCCUCCUUGUCUCCUCGCCUCCUUGUCUCCUCGCCUCCUUGUCUCCUCGCCUCCUUGUCUCCUCGCCUCCUUGUCUCCUCGCCUCCUUGUCUCCUCGCCUCCUUGUCUCCUCGCCUCCUUGUCUCCUCGCCUCCUUGUCUCCUCGCCUCCUUGUCUCCUCGCCUCCUUGUCUCCUCGCCUCCUUGUCUCCUCGCCUCCUUGUCUCCUCGCCUCCUUGUCUCCUCGCCUCCUUGUCUCCUCGCCUCCUUGUCUCCUCGCCUCCUUGUCUCCUCGCCUCCUUGUCUCCUCGCCUCCUUGUCUCCUCGCCUCCUUGUCUCCUCGCCUCCUUGUCUCCUCGCCUCCUUGUCUCCUCGCCUCCUUGUCUCCUCGCCUCCUUGUCUCCUCGCCUCCUUGUCUCCUCGCCUCCUUGUCUCCUCGCCUCCUUGUCUCCUCGCCUCCUUGUCUCCUCGCCUCCUUGUCUCCUCGCCUCCUUGUCUCCUCGCCUCCUUGUCUCCUCGCCUCCUUGUCUCCUCGCCUCCUUGUCUCCUCGCCUCCUUGUCUCCUCGCCUCCUUGUCUCCUCGCCUCCUUGUCUCCUCGCCUCCUUGUCUCCUCGCCUCCUUGUCUCCUCGCCUCCUUGUCUCCUCGCCUCCUUGUCUCCUCGCCUCCUUGUCUCCUCGCCUCCUUGUCUCCUCGCCUCCUUGUCUCCUCGCCUCCUCUUGUCUCCUCCGCGCCUCCUUGUCUCCUCGCCUCCUUGUCUCCUCGCCUCCUUGUCUCCUCGCCUCCUUGUCUCCUCGCCUCCUUGUCUCCUUCGUCCUCCUUGUCCUCCUCUGUCCUUCGCUCCUUGUCUCCUCGCCUCCUUGUCUCCUCGCCUCCUUGCUCUCCUCGCCUCCUUGUCUCCUCGCCUCCUUGUCUCCUCGCCUCUUGUCUCUCGCCUCCUUGUCUCCCCUCGUCCUCCUCGCCUCCUUGUCUCCUCGCCUCCUUGUCUCCUCGCCUCCUUGUCUCCUCGCCUCCUUGUCUCCUCGCCUCCUUGUCUCCUCGCCUCCUUGUCUCCUCGCCUCCUUGUCUCCUCGCCUCCUUGUCUCCUCGCCUCCUUGUCUCCUUCGCCUCCUUGUCUCCUCGCCUCCUUGUCUCCUCGCCUCCUUGUCUCCUCGCCUCCUUGUCUCCUAGCCUCCUGUGUCUCCUCGCCUCCUUGUCUCCUCGCCUCUGUCUCCUCGCUCCUGUCUCCUCGCCUCCUUGUCUCCUCGCCUCCUUGUCUCCUCGCCUCCUUGUCUCCUCGCCUCCUUGUCUCCUCCUCGCCUCCUUGUCUCCUCGCAUCCUGUCUCCUCGCCUCCUUGUCUCCUCGCCUCUUGCUCUCGCCUCCUUGUCUAUCGCCUCCUUGUCUCCUCGCCUCCUUGUCUCCCUCGCCUCCUUGUCUCCUCGCCUCCUGUCUCCUCGCCUCCUUGUCUCCUCGCCUCCUUGUCUCCUCGCCUCCUUGUCUCCUCGCCUCCUUGUCUCCUCGCCUCCUUGUCUCCUCGCCUCCUUGUCUCCUCGCCUCCUUGUCUCCUCGCCUCCUUGUCUCCUCGCCUCCUUGUCUCCUCGCCUCCUUGUCUCCUCGCCUCCUUGUCUCCUCGCCUUCCUUGUCUCCUCGCCUCCUUGUCUCCUCGCACUCCUUGUCUCCUCGCCUCCUUGUUCUCCUCGCCUCCUUGUCUCCUCGCCUCCUUGUCCUCGCCUCCUUGUCUCCUCGCCUCCUGUCUCCUCGCCUCCUUGUCUCCUCGCCUCCUUGUCUCCUCGCCUCCUUGUCUCCUCGCCUCCUUGUCUCCUCGCCUCCUUGUCUCCUCGCCUCCUUGUCUCCUCGCCUCCUUGUCUCCUCGCCUCCUUGUCUCCUCGCCUCCUUGUCUCCUCGCCUCCUUGUCUCCUCGCCUCCUUGUCUCCUCGCCUCCUUGUCUCCUCGCCUCCUUGUCUCCUCGCCUCCUUGUCCUCCUCGCCUCCUUGUCUCCUCGCCUCCUUGUCUCCUCGCCUCCUUGUCUCCUCGCUCCUUGUCUCCUCGCCUCCUUGUCUCCUCGCCUCCUUGUCUCCUCGCCUCCUUGUCUCCUCGCCUCCUUGUCUCCUCGCCUCCUUGUCUCCUCGCCUCCUUGUCUCCUCGCCUCCUGUCCCUCAGCCUCCUUGUCUCCUCGCCUCCUUGUCUCCUCGCCUCCUUGUCUCCUCGCCUCCUUGUCUCCUCGCCUCCUGGUCUCCUCCCUCCUUGUCUCCUCGCCUCCUUGUCUCCUCGCCUCCUUGUCUCGCUCGCCUCCUUGUCUCCUCGCCUCCUUGUCUCCUCGCCUCCUUGUCUCCUCGCCUCCUUGUCUCCUCGCCUCCUUGUCUCCUCGCCUCCUUGUCUCCUCGCCUCCUUGUCUCCUCGCCUCAUUUCCCUUGUCUCCUCGCCUCCUUGUCUCCUCGCCUCCUUGUCUCCUCGCCUCCUUGUCUCCUCGCCUCCUUGUCUCCUCGCCUCCUUGUCUCCUCGCCUCCUUGUCUCCUCGCCUCCUUGUCUCCUCGCCUCCUUGUCUCCUCGCCUCCUUGUCUCCUCGCCUCCUUGUCUCCUCGCCUCCUUGUCUCCUCGCCUCCUUGUCUCCUCGCCUCCUUGUCUCCUCGCCUCCUUGUCUCCUCGCCUCCUUGUCUCCUCGCCUCCUUGUCUCCUCGCCUCCUUGUCUCCGUCGCCUCGCCUCCUUGUCUCCUCGCCUCCUUGUCUCCUCGCCUCCUUGUCUCCUCGCCUCCUUGUCUCCUCGCCUCCUUGUCUCCUCGCCUCCUUGUCUCCUCGCCUCCUUGUCUCCUCGCCUCCUUGUCUCCUCGCCUCCUUGUCUCCUCGCCUCCUUGUCUCCUCGCCUCCUUGUCUCCUCGCCUCCUUGUCUCCUCGCCUCCUUGUCUCCUCGCCUCCUUGUCUCCUCGCCUCCUUGUCUCCUCGCCUCCUUGUCUCCUCGCCUCCUUGUCUCCUCGCCUCCUUGUCUCCUCGCCUCCUUGUCUCCUCGCCUCCUUGUCUCCUCGCCUCCUUGUCUCCUCGCCUCCUUGUCUCCUCGCCUCCUUGUCUCCUCGCCUCCUUGUCUCCUCGCCUCCUUGUCUCCUCGCCUCCUUGUCUCCUCGCCUCCUUGUCUCCUCGCCUCCUUGUCUCCUCGCCUCCUUGUCUCCUCGCCUCCUUGUCUCCUCGCCUCCUUGUCUCCUCGCCUCCUUGUCUCCUCGCCUCCUUGUCUCCUCGCCUCCUUGUCUCCUCGCCUCCUUGUCUCCUCGCCUCCUUGUCUCCUCGCCUCCUUGUCUCCUCGCCUCCUUGUCUCCUCGCCUCCUUGUCUCCUCGCCUCCUUGUCUCCUCGCCUCCUUGUCUCCUCGCCUCCUUGUCUCCUCGCCUCCUUGUCUCCUCGCCUCCUUGUCUCCUCGCCUCCUUGUCUCCUCGCCUCCUUGUCUCCUCGCCUCCUUGUCUCCUCGCCUCCUUGUCUCCUCGCCUCCUUGUCUCCUCGCCUCCUUGUCUCCUCGCCUCCUUGUCUCCUCGCCUCCUUGUCUCCUCGCCUCCUUGUCUCCUCGCCUCCUUGUCUCCUCGCCUCCUUGUCUCCUCGCCUCCUUGUCUCCUCGCCUCCUUGUCUCCUCGCCUCCUUGUCUCCUCGCCUCCUUGUCUCCUCGCCUCCUUGUCUCCUCGCCUCCUUGUCUCCUCGCCUCCUUGUCUCCUCGCCUCCUUGUCUCCUCGCCUCCUUGUCUCCUCGCCUCCUUGUCUCCUCGCCUCCUUGUCUCCUCGCCUCCUUGUCUCCUCGCCUCCUUGUCUCCUCGCCUCCUUGUCUCCUCGCCUCCUUGUCUCCUCGCCUCCUUGUCUCCUCGCCUCCUUGUCUCCUCGCCUCCUUGUCUCCUCGCCUCCUUGUCUCCUCGCCUCCUUGUCUCCUCGCCUCCUUGUCUCCUCGCCUCCUUGUCUCCUCGCCUCCUUGUCUCCUCGCCUCCUUGUCUCCUCGCCUCCUUGUCUCCUCGCCUCCUUGUCUCCUCGCCUCCUUGUCUCCUCGCCUCCUUGUCUCCUCGCCUCCUUGUCUCCUCGCCUCCUUGUCUCCUCGCCUCCUUGUCUCCUCGCCUCCUUGUCUCCUCGCCUCCUUGUCUCCUCGCCUCCUUGUCUCCUCGCCUCCUUGUCUCCUCGCCUCCUUGUCUCCUCGCCUCCUUGUCUCCUCGCCUCCUUGUCUCCUCGCCUCCUUGUCUCCUCGCCUCCUUGUCUCCUCGCCUCCUUGUCUCCUCGCCUCCUUGUCUCCUCGCCUCCUUGUCUCCUCGCCUCCUUGUCUCCUCGCCUCCUUGUCUCCUCGCCUCCUUGUCUCCUCGCCUCCUUGUCUCCUCGCCUCCUUGUCUCCUCGCCUCCUUGUCUCCUCGCCUCCUUGUCUCCUCGCCUCCUUGUCUCCUCGCCUCCUUGUCUCCUCGCCUCCUUGUCUCCUCGCCUCCUUGUCUCCUCGCCUCCUUGUCUCCUCGCCUCCUUGUCUCCUCGCCUCCUUGUCUCCUCGCCUCCUUGUCUCCUCGCCUCCUUGUCUCCUCGCCUCCUUGUCUCCUCGCCUCCUUGUCUCCUCGCCUCCUUGUCUCCUCGCCUCCUUGUCUCCUCGCCUCCUUGUCUCCUCGCCUCCUUGUCUCCUCGCCUCCUUGUCUCCUCGCCUCCUUGUCUCCUCGCUCCUCGCCUCCUUGUCUCCUCGCCUCCUUGUCUCCUCGCCUCCUUGUCUCCUCGCCUCCUUGUCUCCUCGCCUCCUUGUCUCCUCGCCUCCUUGUCUCCUCGCCUCCUUGUCUCCUCGCCUCCUUGUCUCCUCGCCUCCUUGUCUCCUCGCCUCCUUGUCUCCUCGCCUCCUUGUCUCCUCGCCUCCUUGUCUCCUCGCCUCCUUGUCUCCUCGCCUCCUUGUCUCCUCGCCUCCUUGUCUCCUCGCCUCCUUGUCUCCUCGCCUCCUUGUCUCCUCGCCUCCUUGUCUCCUCGCCUCCUUGUCUCCUCGCCUCCUUGUCUCCUCGCCUCCUUGUCUCCUCGCCUCCUUGUCUCCUCGCCUCCUUGUCUCCUCGCCUCCUUGUCUCCUCGCCUCCUUGUCUCCUCGCCUCCUUGUCUCCUCGCCUCCUUGUCUCCUCGCCUCCUUGUCUCCUCGCCUCCUUGUCUCCUCGCCUCCUUGUCUCCUCGCCUCCUUGUCUCCUCGCCUCCUUGUCUCCUCGCCUCCUUGUCUCCUCGCCUCCUUGUCUCCAUCGCCUCCUUCCUCCUUGUCUCCUCGCCUCCUUGUCUCCUCGCCUCCUUGUCUCCUCGCCUCCUUGUCUCCUCGCCUCCUUGUCUCCUCGCCUCCUUGUCUCCUCGCCUCCUUGUCUCCUCGCCUCCUUGUCUCCUCGCCUCCUUGUCUCCUCGCCUCCUUGUCUCCUCGCCUCCUUGUCUCCUCGCUCCUUGUCUCCUCGCCUCCUUGUCUCCUCGCCUCCUUGUCUCCUCGCCUCCUUGUCUCCUCGCCUCCUUGUCUCCUCGCCUCCUUGUCUCCUCGCCUCCUUGUCUCCUCGCCUCCUUGUCUCCUCGCCUCCUUGUCUCCUCGCCUCCUUGUCUCCUCGCCUCCUUGUCUCCUCGCCUCCUUGUCUCCUCCUCGCCUCCUUGUCUCCUCGCUCUCCUUGUCUCCUCGCCUCCUUGUCCUCCUCGCCUCCUUGUCUCCUCGCCUCCUUGUCUCCUCUCCUCCUUGUCUCCUCGCCUCCUUGUCUCCUCGCCUCCUUGUCUCCUCGCCUCCUUGUCUCCUCGCCUCCUUGUCUCCUCGCCUCCUUGUCUCCUCGCCUCCUUGUCUCCUCGCCUCCUUGUCUCCUCGCCUCCUUGUCUCCUCGCCUCCUUGUCUCCCUCCUCUCCUUGUCUCCUCGCCUCCUUGUCUCCUCGCCUCCUUGUCUCCUCGCCUCCUUGUCUCCUCGCCUCCUUGUCUCCUCGACCUCCUUGUCUCCUCGCCUCCUUGUCUCCUCGCCUCCUUGUCUCCUCGCCUCCUUGUCUCCUCGCCUCCUUGUCUCCUCGCCUCCUUGUCUCCUCGCCUCCUUGUCUCCUCGCCUCCUUGUCUCCUCGCCUCCUUGUCUCCUCGCCUCCUUGUCUCCUCGCCUCCUUGUCUCCUCGCCUCCUUGUCUCCUCGCCUCCUUGUCUCCUCGCCUCCUUGUCUCCUCCGCCUCCUUGUCUCCCUCGCCUCCUUGUCUCCUCGCCUCCUUGUCUCCUCGCCUCCUUGUCUCCUCGCCUCCUUGUCUCCUCGCCUCCUUGUCUCCUCGCCUCCUUGUCUCCUCGCCUCCUUGUCUCCUCGCCUCCUUGUCUCCUCGCCUCCUUGUCUCCUCGCCUCCUUGUCUCCUCGCCUCCUUGUCUCCUCGCCUCCUUGUCUCCUCGCCUCCUUGUCUCCUCGCCUCCUUGUCUCCUCGCCUCCUUGUCUCCUCGCCUCCUUGUCUCCUCGCCUCCUUGUCUCCUCGCCUCCUUGUCUCCUCGCCUCCUUGUCUCCUCGCCUCCUUGUCUCCUCGCCUCCUUGUCUCCUCGCCUCCUUGUCUCCUCGCCUCCUUGUCUCCUCGCCUCCUUGUCUCCUCGCCUCCUUGUCUCCUCGCCUCCUUGUCUCCUCGCCUCCUUGUCUCCUCGCCUCCUUGUCUCCUCGCCUCCUUGUCUCCUCGCCUCCUUGUCUCCUCGCCUCCUUGUCUCCUCGCCUCCUUGUCUCCUCGCCUCCUUGUCUCCUCGCCUCCUUGUCUCCUCGCCUCCUUGUCUCCUCGCCUCCUUGUCUCCUCGCCUCCUUGUCUCCUCGCCUCCUUGUCUCUCCUCGCCUCCUUGUCUCCUCGCCUCCUUGUCUCCUCGCCUCCUGGUCUCCUCGCCUCCGUGUCUCCUCGCCUCCUUGUCUCUCGCCUCCUUGUCUCCUCGCCUCCUUGUCUCCUUCGCCUCCUUGUCUCCUCGCCUCCUUGUCUCCUCGCCUACCUUGUCUCCUCGCCUCCUUGUCUCCUCGCCUCCUUGUCUCCUCGCCUCCUUGUCUCCUCGCCUCCUUGUCUUCCUCGACUCCUUGUCUCCCUCCCCCCGCUCGCCUCCUUGUCUCCAUCGCCUCCUUGUCUCCUCGCCUCCUUGUCUCCUCGCCUCCUUGUCUCCUCGCCUCCUUGUCUCCUCGCCUCCUUGUCUCCUCGCCUCCUUGUCUCCUCGCCUCCUUGUCUCCUCGCCUCCUUGUCUCCUCGCCUCCUUGUCUCUCGCCUCCUUGUCUUCCUCGCCUCCUGUCUCCUCGCCUCCUUGUCUCCUCGCCUCCUUGUCUCCUCGCCUCCUUGUCUCCUCGCCUCCUUGUCUCCUCGCCUCCUUGUCUCCUCGCCUCCUUGUCUCCUCGCCUCCUUGUCUCCUCGCCUCCUUGUCUCCUCGCCUCCUUGUCUCCUCGCCUCCUUGUCUCCUCGCCUCCUUGUCUCCUCGCCUCCUUGUCUCCUCGCCUCCUUGUCUCCUCGCCUCCUUGUCUCCUCGCCUCCUUGUCUCCUCGCCUCCUUGUCUCCUCGCCUCCUUGUCUCCUCGCCUCCUUGUCUCCUCGCCUCCUUGUCUCCUCGCCUCCUUGUCUCCUCGCCUCCUUGUCUCCUCGCCUCCUUGUCUCCUCGCCUCCUUGUCUCCUCGCCUCCUUGUCUCCUCGCCUCCUUGUCUCCUCGCCUCCUUGUCUCCUCGCCUCCUUGUCUCCUCGCCUCCUUGUCUCCUCGCCUCCUUGUCUCCUCGCCUCCUUGUCUCCUCGCCUCCUUGUCUCCUCGCCUCCUUGUCUCCUCGCCUCCUUGUCUCCUCGCCUCCUUGUCUCCUCGCCUCCUUGUCUCCUCGCCUCCUUGUCUCCUCGCCUCCUUGUCUCCUCGCCUCCUUGUCUCCUUCGCCUCCUUGUCUCCUCGCCUCCUUGUCUCCUCGCCUCCUUGUCUCCUCGCCUCCUUGUCUCCUCGCCUCCUUGUCUCCUCGCCUCCUUGUCUCCUCGCCUCCUUGUCUCCUCGCCCUUCCUCCCUCCUUGUCUCCUCGCCUCCUUGUCCUCCUCGCCUCCUUGUCUCCUCGCCUCCUUGUCUCCUCGCCUCCUUGUCUCCUCGCCUCCUUGUCUCCUCGCCUCCUUGUCUCCUCGCCUCCUUGUCUCCUCGCCUCCUUGUCUCCUCGCCUCCUUGUCUCCUCGCCUCCUUGUUCUCCUUCGCCUCCUUGUCUCCUCCUCGCCUCCUUGUCUCCUCGCCUCCUUGUCUCCUCGCCUCCUUGUCUCCUCGCCUCCUUGUCUCUCUCGCCUCCUUGUCCUCCUCGCCUCCUUGUCUCCUCGCCUCCUUGUCUCCUCGCCUCCUUGUCUCCUCGCCUCCUUGUCUCCUCGCCUCCUUGUCUCCUCGCCUCCUUGUCUCCUCGCCUCCUUGUCUCCUCGCCUCCUUGUCUCCUCGCCUCCUUGUCUCCUCGCCUCCUUGUCUCCUCGCCUCCUUGUCUCCUCGCCUCCUUGUCUCCUCGCCUCCUUGUCUCCUCGCCUCCUUGUCUCCUCGCCUCCUUGUCUCCUCGCCUCCUUGUCUCCUCGCCUCCUUGUCUCCUCGCCUCCUUGUCUCCCUCGCCUCCUUGUCUCCUCGCCUCCUUGUCUCCUCGCCUCCUUGUCUCCUCGCCUCCUUGUCUCCUCGCCUCCUUGUCUCCUCGCCUCCUUGUCUCCUCGCCUCCUUGUCUCCUCGCCUCCUUGUCUCCUCGCCUCCUUGUCUCCUCGCCUCCUUGUCUCCUCGCCUCCUUGUCUCCUCGCCUCCUUGUCUCCUCGCCUCCUUGUCUCCUCGCCUCCUUGUCUCCUCGCCUCCUUGUCUCCUCGCCUCCUUGUCUCCUCGCCUCCUUGUCUCCUCGCCUCCUUGUCUCCUCGCCUCCUUGUCUCCUCGCCUCCUUGUCUCCUCGCCUCCUUGUCUCCUCGCCUCCUUGUCUCCUCGCCUCCUUGUCUCCUCGCCUCCUUGUCUCCUCGCCUCCUUGUCUCCUCGCCUCCUUGUCUCCUCGCCUCCUUGUCUCCUCGCCUCCUUGUCUCCUCGCCUCCUUGUCUCCUCGCCUCCUUGUCUCCUCGCCUCCUUGUCUCCUCGCCUCCUUGUCUCCUCGCCUCCUUGUCUCCUCGCCUCCUUGUCUCCUCGCCUCCUUGUCUCCUCGCCUCCUUGUCUCCUCGCCUCCUUGUCUCCUCGCCUCCUUGUCUCCUCGCCUCCUUGUCUCCUCGCCUCCUUGUCUCCUCGCCUCCUUGUCUCCUCGCCUCCUUGUCUCCUCGCCUCCUUGUCUCCUCGCCUCCUUGUCUCCUCGCCUCCUUGUCUCCUCGCCUCCUUGUCUCCUCGCCUCCUUGUCUCCUCGCCUCCUUGUCUCCUCGCCUCCUUGUCUCCUCGCCUCCUUGUCUCCUCGCCUCCUUGUCUCCUCGCCUCCUUGUCUCCUCGCCUCCUUGUCUCCUCGCCUCCUUGUCUCCUCGCCUCCUUGUCUCCUCGCCUCCUUGUCUCCUCGCCUCCUUGUCUCCAUCGCCAUCCUUGUCUCCCUCGCCUCCUUGUCUCCUCGCCUCCUUGUCUCCCUCGCCUCCUUGUCUCCUCGCCUCCUGGUCUCCUCGCCUCCUUGUCUCCUCGCCUCCUUGUCUCCUCGCCUCCUUGUCUCCUCGCCUCCUUGUCUCCUCGCCUCCUUGUCUCCUCGCCUCCUUGUCUCCUCGCCUCCUUGUCUCCUCGCCUCCUUGUCUCCUCGCCUCCUUGUCUCCUCGCCUCCUUGUCUCCUCGCCUCCUUGUCUCCUCGCCUCCUUGUCUCCUCGCCUCCUUGUCUCCUCGCCUCCUUGUCUCCUCGCCUCCUUGUCUCCUCGCCUCCUUGUCUCCUCGCCUCCUUGUCUCCUCGCCUCCUUGUCUCCUCGCCUCCUUGUCUCCUCGCCUCCUUGUCUCCUCGCCUCCUUGUCUCCUCGCCUCCUUGUCUCCUCGCCUCCUUGUCUCCUCGCCUCCUUGUCUCCUCGCCUCCUUGUCUCCUCGCCUCCUUGUCUCCUCGCCUCCUUGUCUCCUCGCCUCCUUGUCUCCUCGCCUCCUUGUCUCCUCGCCUCCUUGUCUCCUCGCCUCCUUGUCUCCUCGCCUCCUUGUCUCCUCGCCUCCUUGUCUCCUCGCCUCCUUGUCUCCUCGCCUCCUUGUCUCCUCGCCUCCUUGUCUCCUCGCCUCCUUGUCUCCUCGCCUCCUUGUCUCCUCGCCUCCUUGUCUCCUCGCCUCCUUGUCUCCUCGCCUCCUUGUCUCCUCGCCUCCUUGUCUCCUCGCCUCCUUGUCUCCUCGCCUCCUUGUCUCCUCGCCUCCUUGUCUCCUCGCCUCCUUGUCUCCUCGCCUCCUUGUCUCCUCGCCUCCUUGUCUCCUCGCCUCCUUGUCUCCUCGCCUCCUUGUCUCCUCGCCUCCUUGUCUCCUCGCCUCCUUGUCCUCCUCGCCUCCUUGUCUCCUCGCCUCCUUGUCUCCUCGCCUCCUUGUCUCCUCGCCUCCUGUCUCCUCGCCUCCUUGUCUCCUCGCCUCCUUGUCUCCUCGCCUCCUUGUCUCCUCGCCUCCUUGUCUCCUCGCCUCCUUGUCUCCUCGCCUCCUUGUCUCCUCGCCUCCUUGUCUCCUCGCCUCCUUGUCUCCUCGCCUCCUUGUCUCCUCGCCUCCUUGUCUCCUCGCCUCCUUGUCUCCUCUGCCUCCUUGUCUCCUCCUCUUGGCCUCCUUGUCUCCUCGCCUCCUUGUCUCCUCGCCUCCUUGUCUCCUCGCCUCCUUGUCUCCUCGCCUCCUUGUCUCCUCGCCUCCUUGUCUCCUCGCCUCCUUGUCUCCUCGCCUCCUUGUCUCCUCGCCUCCUUGUCUCCUCGCCUCCUUGUCUCCUCGCCUCCUUGUCUCCUCGCCUCCUUGUCUCCUCGCCUCCUUGUCUCCUCGCCUCCUUGUCCUCCUCGCCUCCUUGUCUCCUCGCCUCCUUGUCUCCUCGCCUCCUUGUCUCCUCGCCUCCUUGUCUCCUCGCCUCCUUGUCUCCUCGCCUCCUUGUCUCCUCGCCUCCUUGUCUCCUCGCCUCCUUGUCUCCUCGCCUCCUUGUCUCCUCGCCUCCUUGUCUCCUCGCCUCCUUGUCUCCUCGCCUCCUUGUCUCCUCGCCUCCUUGUCUCCUCGCCUCCUUGUCUCCUCGCCUCCUUGUCUCCUCGCCUCCUUGUCUCCUCGCCUCCUUGUCUCCUCGCCUCCUUGUCUCCUCGCCUCCUUGUCUCCUCGCCUCCUUGUCUCCUCGCCUCCUUGUCUCCUCGCCUCCUUGUCUCCUCGCCUCCUUGUCUCCUCGCCUCCUUGUCUCCUCGCCUCCUUGUCUCCUCGCCUCCUUGUCUCCUCGCCUCCUUGUCUCCUCGCCUCCUUGUCUCCUCGCCUCCUUGUCUCCUCGCCUCCUUGUCUCCUCGCCUCCUUGUCUCCUCGCCUCCUUGUCUCCUCGCCUCCUUGUCUCCUCGCCUCCUUGUCUCCUCGCCUCCUUGUCUCCUCGCCUCCUUGUCUCCUCGCCUCCUUGUCUCCUCGCCUCCUUGUCUCCUCGCCUCCUUGUCUCCUCGCCUCCUUGUCUCCUCGCCUCCUUGUCUCCUCGCCUCCUUGUCUCCUCGCCUCCUUGUCUCCUCGCCUCCUUGUCUCCUCGCCUCCUUGUCUCCUCGCCUCCUUGUCUCCUCGCCUCCUUGUCUCCUCGCCUCCUUGUCUCCUCGCCUCCUUGUCUCCUCGCCUCCUUGUCUCCUCGCCUCCUUGUCUCCUCGCCUCCUUGUCUCCUCGCCUCCUUGUCUCCUCGCCUCCUUGUCUCCUCGCCUCCUUGUCUCCUCGCCUCCUUGUCUCCUCGCCUCCUUGUCUCCUCGCCUCCUUGUCUCCUCGCCUCCUUGUCUCCUCGCCUCCUUGUCUCCUCGCCUCCUUGUCUCCUCGCCUCCUUGUCUCCUCGCCUCCUUGUCUCCUCGCCUCCUUGUCUCCUCGCCUCCUUGUCUCCUCGCCUCCUUGUCUCCUCGCCUCUCUGUCUCCUCGCCUCCUUGUCUCCUCGCCUCCUUGUCUCCUCGCCUCCUUGUCUCCUCGCCUCCUUGUCUCCUCGCCUCCUUGUCUCCUCGCCUCCUUGUCUCCUCGCCUCCUUGUCUCCUCGCCUCCUCUCUGUGUGUCCGUGCCAUGGUGUGCACAGGUGGCGUCCAACGAGGAGGGCCUGAGGGGCAGCUGGUUCACGGGCACGGUGCUGCAGCUCGACGCACGGCGGGCACUCGUCCGAUACGACCAGCUGCUGGACGAUGCUGGUGAGAUGUGA